AUGGCCACCUACGGAAAAGUAAGUCCGUUUGAUGAAGCAGAAGAAACGUGGACCCAAUACACCGAACGGCUGGAACAAUAUUUCCUAGCAAAUGAAGUGACAGACGCCAAAAAGCAGCGGGCAAUAUUUCUCAGCGUGUGUGGCUCGAAAACAUACGCAUUAAUACGAGAUUUACUACAGCCAAAGAAACCGGGGGAUACGGAGAUAAAAGAAAUUUUCAAACAGCUGGAAAAGCAUUUUAUUCCAACACCAAGCGUCAUUGUAGAGAGAUUUAAAUUCCAUAGCAGAAUUCGCCGUGUUGACGAAGGAAUUGCUAA